CCCUUUUUUCUGUAACUUUAGAUAUCUUAUGUAAAUUUUUUAUUUUGUGUGUACAUUCAGAAUUACUUAUAUUCUUCAUGUUACUAUUAUUAAUUAUUAUAAUAGUUCACAGAAGCCACGAACGUGAUUCAGAGAGGUCUUGAAUAUUUUUGAUGUAAAAUGGAUGUAUUGAAUAUGUAUAAUCAAAAAAUAGUAUUACCUGGUCCAUCAAGCCGAAAACGAUUAUUAGACAAGUCUUUAUUAGAUGUACAAAAAUUAAAUACAACUACACAUAAAGAAAAAGGAACAGAUUAUAUAGCAGAAUAUGUACAAAAAGAAGAAAAUAAACUUUUACAGACUGCAAAUUAUUAUAAUACAAAUAAAGGAAAUUUUGAUGAUGUAUCACAAGGAACAGAUGCUAUACAAAAUAUACAAAAUGAAGAAACAAUGAAUAUUUAUAAAACAUAUCAAUUUGUUUAUCAUACAAAACCUAAUUUAGUAGUUACUUCUAAAAGAGAUCAGAUAGUGUCUAUGAUUGAAACUAAUUCAGUUGUAGUAAUUCAAGGACCAACUGGUUGUGGCAAAACUACACAAGUACCUCAAUUUAUUUUAGAUUCCUGUUAUAAAAAAAAACUUCAUUGCAAUAUUAUAGUUACACAGCCUAGGAGAAUUGCUGCUAUAAGUAUUGCAAAACGUGUCAGUAAAGAAAGAGAUUGGCCAGUAGGUACCCUUGUUGGAUAUCAAGUGGGCCUAAUAAAUCAUACAUCCAGAGAUACACGUUUGACAUAUUGCACUACUGGAGUUCUUUUACAUAAAUUAAUAAAUAGCAAAAAUAUGUUGGAAUAUACACAUGUUAUAUUAGAUGAAGUUCAUGAAAGAGAUCAAGAUAUGGAUUUCCUUCUUCUUGUUGUUCGAAAGCUUUUACAUACAAAUUCACGUUCAGUAAAAGUUAUUUUAAUGUCUGCUACAUUUGAAGUAGAAAAAUUUGCUAAAUAUUUUUCUUCUCCUGUGGGAAAUAAACUUGUUCCUGCACCUAUUAUUGAUAUACCAAAAAAAACUUUAUUUAAUGUUGGUAUUUAUUAUCUUUGUCAGAUGACUGUAUUAGGACCGAUACCUGAAAUUAAUGCUACUAAACCAAAUAUUACAAAAAAAAUGAUAGAUUUUUGUGUUAAUCUUAUAAAAAUUCUUGAUGAUGUAGAUAUGAAAGCUGAUGAUGCAAAUUAUGAUCCAGAAACAAAUGUUUAUGAAAGACAUGUGAUUCUUGUAUUUUUACCAGGAAUUAAUGAAAUUGAAGAAAUGAAUAAUUUAUUAUCUUUACCAAAACAUGAACAAGCUAAAUGGGAUAUAGUAAUUUUACAUUCGUCAAUUACAAACGAAGAACAACAGCGGAUUUUUCAAAAACCACCUCAUGGUUAUCGUCGUAUUAUUUUAUCUACAAAUAUUGCCGAAAGUAGUGUUACUGUUCCUGAUGUAAAAUAUGUAAUUGACUUCUGUUUAAUAAGACAACUUGUUACGGAUCCACAAACGAAUUUUCAAUGUUUAGAAUUAAAAUGGGCAAGUAAAGUAAAUUGUGAACAAAGAGCAGGUCGUACUGGCCGAGUAAUGGAUGGUAGAGUAUAUCGAUUAGUGCCACGAGCAUUUUAUGAGAGUAUUUUACCUCAAGAAGUAUCACCCGAAAUAUUACGAUCUCCAUUAGAAAAUGUAAUUCUCAAGUCAAAGUUAUUAGAUAUGGGUGAACCUAAAGCUAUUUUAGCACUUUCUCUUGAUCCACCUAAUCUUGGAAAUUUGGAAAGAACAAUAUUAUUAUUAAAGGAAACAGGAGCAUUAUUAAAUAAAGGCAAUGAAAUACAACCUCUUGAUGGAGAAUUAACAGAUCUUGGUCGAGUUAUGGCUAAUUUACCUCUGGAUAUUCAUCUAUCGAAAUUAAUAAUGUUAGGACAUGUAUUUAGUGUCUUAAAAGAUACAAUCAUUAUUGCAGCUAGUCUAUCUGUUAAAGAUAUGUUUAGUAAUCCAUUUCAACAAAAAAUGUUAGCCUAUAAUAUUAGACUUAGUUGGGCAGCCAAUUCUUGCAGUGAUUGUGUUGCUUUUAUGAAUGUAUAUAAAGUAUGGAUUACUGAAAAAGCUAAUCGUCGACUCAAUAACGACACUGAAGAAAAAGCAUGGGCAUUAAGGAAUUUUGUACAGAUUAGAGUGCUACGUGAAGUUAAAGCUAUGGUAACAGAAUUAACUAAUAGAUUGGAAAAAUUAGGCAUACAAGAAAGUGCUGGAGUUAAUAAAGUUGUAUGGAAAGAAGAUGAACGACCAUUUGUUUUAAAAAUUGCAAUUGCUGGUGCAUUUUAUCCAAAUUAUUUUGUUAGAAGCAUACCAAUAUCAGAAAAUCAAUUUAACGAACAUGCUGGAGUGAAAUUGUUAGGGGGUUUAGAUCCAUCAAAGACAGUAUAUUUACAAGGAUGGCCUAUGAGACAACCUGGACUUUUGUAUGCUCGAAGAUUUCAAGAUAUUUUUAAAGAGCAUUUAACAACUUCUAUUGGAAAAAUAAAUGUAUCUUUUGAUAAUUCUUCGCGUGUUUAUAUACAAUUUUCUAAAGAAAUAUCUGAAAAAGAGUAUAAUUAUACAUCAAGAAAAAUAUGUCCUUCUGUUUACAAAGCAGUCAGAAUGAGACAAUGUAACAUUCCCAUAGAAAUACCGAUUUUAACCGAAUCUAUAGCUAUUCAACGAGCAGAUGAAAUGAAUUUGAAUAGAAAGUCAUUUUUUCUUACUCCUGAAAAUAUAAUAAAAGAUAAAAUUAAAUCCGAAUUACCUAGUUUACGAGUAACGCGUAUUCCUUUAACAAUACAAAAUGUUAAAAAUCCAGGUCGUUUUUGGGUUCAAAUACGUAAUCCUGUAACUAGAGAAAGAUUGAAAAAAAUAGAAUCAACUAUUGAAAAAAUGAAAGAUCAAUUCAAAACAUUUAAAGUAGCUCCAGAAACUGGUACAUUAGUAAUUGCACCAUAUGAAGAAAAUAAUUUCAAAACAUAUUUUCGAGCAAUAGUGAAAGGCCAUAGAUCAUUAAUACCAGAAAUAUUAGUACAAGUUUUUUUUAUGGAUUAUGGUUAUUCAAGCGAAUGUCGAUUAUGUGAUUUGAAAUAUCUAGAAUGUAAUAAUGAUAUUUCUAAUAUUCCUGCAUUGGCUUUUGAAUGCAAAUUAGCAAAAAUUCGACCAUCUAUAGCACAUAGUUUUAAUGAUGAUUGGUCACAAGCUGCAUUUGAUUUAUUUUGGACAUUAAUUAAUAAAUCUGGUUUACUUUUUGGUGAAAUUUAUUCUAUUGUCAAUAGCGUUGUUGCAAUAGAAUUAAUUCAUAAAAACGGAGAGGGAGAAAUUAAUAUAAAUCAUAGUCUUAUUGAAAAAAGAUUGGCAAUAAAAAAGGAAGAAGAUUAUUUUUCACGCUUUAAUCAUAAUUUAAGAUUACAACAAUCGGAAUUAUCAGACGAGCAAUGUUAUCAUUAUGAAAUGUUACAGUAUAAUCAAGAUUAUAUGCCUGAUAUCUAUCCAGAUCCACCUGCAGAUAUUGAAUGCAAUACAACAGUAACUUUACGGGGACCAUUUUCACCAUUAGAAAUUGAAUUAAGUCAUCUUAUUAUGGCUGGAAGAGAUAAAAAUGUAAAAAUAGCUCCCAGUUCAGUGAAUUCUGUUCUCUUAGACACUGAACUUGAAGAUUCUUCUGUACGACUUUUAGUAGCAGGGUCUGUUUCACAAAAUAUAUCUGGGCAUCAUUUAACAUUAUAUAAUACAACAUUAAUGCCACGUCUUCCUGGAUUAACUGCUUUAAUUAUAUUAAUUUUUACACCAUAUAUGGAAUUACGACGCAAUAAUUUUGGAAGUUAUUAUAUUGGCGCAUUAUGUGGAUUGGGUUUUGAUCCUCUUACUAAAAAAAGUAUUUUUCCAGAACAUGAUCUAGAACUUCAUUUUGAUGCUGAAAUUACUAUAGAUGAUUUGCAAUUUAUAAAUAGACUGCGUCAUUGGAUGAAUAUUGGAAUGCAAGUUUCUUAUCAAUUUGAAAGCAGAAAUAACAUGGAAGAAGUUAUUAUUUGUCAAAAUAGAAUAAAAGAUGCAUUAUUGAAGUUAAUUGAUAAAGAAAGAAAAAUUCGCACUAUUGAGUUUAUUAAUAAUUUUGAUAAAUGGGGUUUAUAUAAUGAAAGUUUAUUGCUUCAUCCUAAUAAACCAUCCAUGAUUACAAAUAGUAUAUAUAAAUUGCAUAAUGCAUUAGAAUUAGAAGAUGAAAAUGAAUUACAAGAAAUUACAGAACAUGUAAAAAAAUUACGAAUAUUAGCAACUGAGGAUCCAAAAAAACCUGAAAAUACCAAUAUUCUUUGCAAAUUGUGUAAUCUUACGUUAACCGACAUAUUUGAUCUUCGCAGUCAUUUGUAUACAAUGAGACACAGACAAAAUGAAGAAAUAUUAGGAAUUAGACUUUAAGAUAACAAGAUAGAAAAUAUAUAGUUCUAUCAAUUUUAUUUUAUGUAAAACAUUAUUUGUUACAUAUGUUAAUAUUUUGUCGAUAAUUUGUUAUUCUAUUUUAACAAUAUAACAU